AUGUCCGACAUCUGCACAAACACGUCGCAAGCCCAGACGCUCGGUUCGCCGACAAGGUCAGCGAGCGUCGAGCUCUUGGACGAUGCGAAUACCAAUGAUAUUCGCCGCAAGAUCCUUGCUCUUCGUCAACAGAAGAAAGCGGAAUUGUCAGCCUCCGCAACACUCAGCGUGAAUCAGGCUCUAUCCACGGACUCAAACCGGCUCACAUGGGUCGGUGUUGAGGACGACUCGCAGUCUCCAGCCGCCUCAAGGCCCAUGUCGUCACGCCAGUCGCGCUACACCGAUGACGAGGACGAUGCGGAUAGUACCGUCCUCGGUCAUUACAUCCUAGCGCUGCCAAUCCCACCCCAAAAGCCCCCCUCGGUCGAGAACAAGCCACAUCGAUUGUCUGUGGCUUCUGCAGACACAUGCAGCAGCUCGCACCGCUCCAGCUCACAAAUGAGUUGCUUGCUAGACGACGACCUGGAUGCGCACAGCCUACACACCACAACAGCUACCGAUAGCUCCUCAGGCCCUUCUUCACGCCGCUCGUCCAGUGCGCGUGCAAGCAUCAAGUCCCAACGACAAUGGAACCACGCGCCCAGCAAGGACGCCACCGUUGCAGCCCCGUCAAAGCCUCGCGGUCCGCCACCCAGCAUGCCCCUUCCACCCAAACCUUCGUCUUCGCCGCAUCCCCUCAGCCCCUCGACCAAGGCUGCAGAGUUUUGGCCGUCACGAAGAUCCAGUCGUGCCUCUGCAUUGACCACCCUAUCUUCUCGCUCUUCCACGAGUGUGCGAUCCAGCGGCAAGAGUACCAACCCAAGUAUCGCUUCUCCUUGCUCAAUACCCAGCCCGAGCGUCGGAAAUGAUGCCUGCGACCUCUCGGAGGAGGAGCUCACUAGUAUCCGCAACAUCUCCAACCAGUUCCCGUCUCCGAUCUCUCCCUACAUCCCUCGAAGACCUUCGGCCUCGCGUACGCAGGAGGCUAAUCGCAUGCGCGCCCGUUCCCGGUCCGAAUCGAGAGCAGGGCCUUCACGGACUGGGUCGCAAUCGCGUGGUUGUGAAGCGACUCCGCGCAAAGCCUUGAUCCAAGUACAAGAUUGCCCGACCAAUCUCCCUUUCAGCAAAGUGUCCACGAGCGAUGACCGGAUCGACGCUGCUCAAGGGGAAGAGAGCAAUGAUAGCACGCUCUCGGACGUUCUCGACCUUGCCGACAACAGAGGCGUUCUCAUGGUUGGCCGACGACGUCAACAAGCCUCUGUUCUCUCUAGCGUCGGCGUCGCUCGAGUCGGUCUUGGAGCCCGAACGCUCUCUCAGCGUGUUUCUGAGCAUUCAUUGCGCUCUCCUUCACAAUCUUCCAAAGCAGCUUCCUCGCUGAGGUCAGAGCAGCAAGAGGUGAUGCAAGGCACGCUGGACAAGCAGGUACAGCCGUCAACAAGUAGUCCACAUGAAGCUGGCAAACACCACCAGCGAAGCGGAACCUUGUCUCAAAGCAUGAGCGAGCUCAUGGCAGCUCUUGAUCUCGAGGCAAGCGAAUGGGGUCAGCGAUUGGGCUUGACAGAGAAACGCGACUCGCGAACCAUGCAUGCCGACCAGCCACAAACCCGAGAAUCGCAUCUGCUCGACAGCAAACCUCCUGAGGCCCAACUCAGCCACCUUCGUUCCCAUGACAGUGCACAGCAGGUUGUUCCAGCCUCGGACUCGAUGCCGUCGCUGAGCUCGACAGGGUCACAGGAGCUCUCGUUGGAUGACUCGCGUGGCCCAGCUACUGCUGAGACGUCGCUCGUCCGGUCCAACAGCGCCAAAAGCAUGGCUUCCUUGCAAGGCAGUGCUGACACAGCCCACGACAAUGGCGCGAGCGUUGAGUUUCGUUCCAUUUACGACGCCUACCGCGGCUCUACCAGUACACUGGCUUCUCGCUUCACUGCUCCUGUUGUGCGCAUCGAAGACCCGGAGGGAGACGAGGUGUCGGACUCGGAGUUGGAAGGCGACGUCUCUUCUUCCGACGAUAUGCCCAGGAAACGCAACAAGUCUGGUCGCAAGAAACCGUUCGGAUUCGAGCAGCAGCGAGUCUCGUUGCGUCCCCGGCCUUCAGUACUUUCUCGCUCUGCCUCCCUGUCUGCCAAGGCCGGCAGCACGUUCCAAUCAACACUGCCGCCAACGGAGGAAGAAGACAUCGCAUCGUCCAGCUCUGCACCGACCAACAUCACGACGGAAGGCAGCGAUCCGUAUGCUUUCUACGAGUUCUCGCCUAGUCUACCACCCUUCAUGCCUAACGGAUUGUCGCCUCGUGACCUGACAGGCAGAGGAACAUGGUCCAGCAUCGUUGCUCGCGCGUCAGAGCGCAUGCGCUCGCGUCAGCCCUCGUUGACUUCGCUGGACUCCUUCACCACCACAGCAUCUGCAUCUGGACCCGUGUCGUUGCGACACAUCCGCGCCACUGCCCGAGCCAAGCAAAGACAGGCCGAUGCGGCUCAUCGCGCGCGCGAACUCAUGUCCAACCAGUUUGCCGCCCUGAGCUACCGUCCUUUCGCGAUCCAUCAGCAUGCCGCUUCGUUUGCCAGUCAAGGUGGUGCGUCGCCGGAUCCGUUUUCUUCUGCCUCGUCCAAUUUUGGUGUUGGGAGUACUGUGGAGGGCAUGACAUCAGGUCGAAGCUCAGCGAUGAGCAGCCCUGGUGGCUAUGCUGACUCGAUGGCUGCUGGAGUUGGUGACUACGGUACACGCUGGCCGGUUGCGAUCGGUGCUGACGACGAUGUUACGUCCACGUUCAGCAUGACACAUUACUCUUUAUCGAGAAGCCCUUCUGGGAGCCAAGCUCCGGCGAAGAAGUAUGUCGAAUUCUCGAUGCAGACGUCUCCCCAGUCGUCGCCUACCGAGGUCGAAUUCGCAUCGGUCAAUACGCUCACCGUCGACGAAGAAGCGCCUCGAGCAGAUGCACAGGUCGAAACCAACGUCAGCGUUAGCAGUACCCUGGACUAUCUGGGUAUUGAUGCUCCCCUGCGUCGUCGCAGGAGCACUGCCUCGCUUCUGAGCACCCACGAUCUAAAUGCCGAACUGGAUCAGCCUGGCUUAUGGCCCUCGCACAUUCGAGCACCGCGUCUUUCCUCGAUCGCGAGACGACGCAGCAGCGAUGGACAGCAAACUGGCUCGGCUGCUGUCGAACCUGAGGCGGGCAGCGAGGACGAGUCGGACCUGGACGUCGACGCGAGUCUGGAGGAUCUUGCCGAACGAUCUGGAGUACUCGACGAGUCGCGCGGUUUCAAACGUAAGAUGCACUCGACGGCAAUCGAGGCGCAUGAGAUGGGCUCUGUCGACGACCGUGCAGAGCGUCCCAUCGCUUCGAUUCCAGCAAGAUCUCGUCGUAUCUCGGCGGCGUUGGACCGCAUCCGAGCGCAGCGGAUCUCUCGUGGCGCGGGCUGGGUCGACUCGGAUGAUGAAGAUCUCGAUGGUCCGGCCGCAGGGAUGCUGAAGACGCCGCGUCGAACGACCAAAUCUGGACGACCCUCUCUGCCGGGCAGCGUUUCUAGCGAGGACAAGAACGGCGCUGGUCCACUGCGCAGAUCCAAGUCGCUGGUGUCGGUGCGCAACAGUUCUUCGCCGUCGAUGCUGCGAGUACGAAGUCCAAGCCCUGACCUGAGCAUCUUGACCAACCCGAGCGAAGACGAGGAAGUGCUUCUCACGGCCGACCUCGACCUGGACCCGACUGAACUUUCACACAGGACGGUCUUGGAUGAGGAGUUUGACAUGAUGGUCGGUUCCACGAUCGCGUCGCGCUUCUCGAGCUCUGCCAAGCCGUCGGGCCAGGCUCAAACGCAACAAGGACGUGGCGAGCCAACUGACAGCUCGAUCAAGAAAGCGCCGACAAACGACAGCGGCAAGGCGGUCGAAGGUGGAGAGCAAAAUGGCUCGGACGAUAGCAAGGAUUCGCAGCAAACGGUGCAGAUGCAAACACGCUCGAGGACCAGCUCGAUGAGCAGCGUGAUCGAGAUCAUUCAGGAGGCCGAUGAGCUGCUCUCGUCGACGGGACACUCGAUUGGGCACAGCUCUGGUCACGAUACAAGCAUCAGCGAUUCGGGUGGAACAAGCGGCCACGAUCCCCAGAGACCCAACCAUGCGGCAGCCGAGAUCAUCCGACAUCGCAUGUCGAUGCGAUCCAGAGGUCUUCCGACUCCGGUCAGGCUUGCUACUGCGCGAACCGUGCAACCUUCGGGUCUGGCGGUGUGCGAGCAUGAGUCCGCAACCGAAGCUGUCAAGAUCGACGCGAACGACGAUGAAGCGUUCUCGCCCAGUGUCCAAGAUACGCCGGACACGAUGGCAGGGUCCGAGAUCUGGACGAGCUUCCACGCGGAUCGUUCGAGCAACGCUUCGACGGCGACGACCUGGUCGUACCGCAGCACCGAGGAUGCGCAGUCUGCACCGCGAACCAGUCUGACUAGCAUUGCCGCCAUGCCGGAUCUCAAGGAGGACGAGUCGAUCUGCGCUUCUGCUGCUGCUGAUGACGGAGACGACGGUCCGGCGGCGGCGAAGGCAGGCGCUGUUGAGACGAGCGUGACCCGCGCCAUCCCGGUCUUGCGGAGAAAGAGCAGUGGGCUGCCAGUAGCUCGUUCCAUCAGCCAGAAGGCAUCGCGCCCUUCGCUGCCGCUGGCAGCCAAGUCGAGUGCGCUGCAACUAAACCGUGGCAGCCAAGGCAGCUCAGCCGGAAGCAACGCCGCCUCUCCGCCAGCGAUUCCUACGAUGCGAAGGAACCAGAGCGUGUCCAGCUUGCGAUCGCACAUCACGUCGGAUGGAGGCAGCAAGACAGCCGAGCCGACGAGCGUCACUCCCGCCAAGCAAACUCCGAGAGCUGCGGCACGGUACAGCGAUGGACAGUGUGCUUUGACGCCGUCCAAGGGCAUUCGCAGUGUAGGCGGGGGCAUCACGCCGUCCAAGCUGCCUGGCCUCAAGUCUAUGGCAAGCACUCCUUCGCUGGCAUCAUCACGAGCGCUGGCAAGCGGCGGUCCAGGGGCUCGAACAAGCCCGAUGCCUCAAAGAAGCCAGUUGCUGUCGCCUAAAGUGGUACGAGCUAGUGGCCUGCCACGACCUGCUCCUGCUCCUGCUUCGACGGGUAGCUAG